UUCUGGUUGUCUCUAGGCGCAUACCGCGCACAUGGGCGUAUUGACCCCCAUGCUGUCCCGUCAAAGCCGUUUUGGGCCUGGACCUGGUCUUGUCUGUUCUGCUGGAACGGGACAUUAGGGUCUCGCCUUCUUCAGAAGAUCAGGAACAAAGGUGAGUCAAUCUUGGUUCGCCCACCCCCUUGAACACGACUUUGGGCCACUCUCAAAUUCUCCCAACCUGACUUGAUCCAGAUGACACGACGGGGGCCCGGAUUUCCCAUUGCUCCCGUCUUGAAGGAAACCCCCCCUUGCCCUACAAUGCGGUCCUAGCUUUAAGCUGAACCCUGCGUGGCCCACUCCCCCCCUCCUCCUCUCAGAGUUCCCCUGGUCUGCAUCCUCGACCCUCUCUCUCAGAGUCCCCGCUUCGCAUCGCAUCUUGGUUGCGCGACUCGACUCGCCUCGAGCUUGUUGACCACCUUGACCUUGCCCUUUGCCUCCAGCUACAGCUCAACUUUGACUCCACGACCCUGCUUCCCUGAAGGGCUCCAGUCCAAGUAGCUCGCUCACCCCAGUCCCCCGACUCCCCCGUGUCCGCUUCACCUGGCCUGGCUUACGUUGGGCGUAACAAGCGCGCGUCCUUCGUACUUUUGCCCAUUUUUUGAUGAGUCUCUUGGACUGGUCGAUUGUCCCAUAUCCGAUCAAAGUCUCGCCCUUCCCUCCCUCGCCCGCCCAGUCCUCUCUCUACCCUUUCCUCAUUCUCGUCCGGCCUUGCUCUACUUGUCUCUCACCUCCACGUCCACGUCCGUCCUUCCACCCGUCGUUCCCCGCCAUCGCCGAUAUCCGCCUGCCGUAACGGCGGUCCCCUCCAUCUCUUUCCCAUACCAUACCAUCCCACCGGUCUUGUCCUGCCCAGCUUGGAGUCCAGUUCUCCCUCCCCAGCCCUAUCCUCUCCUGCUCACCCGCAGCAAGCCAACCCGGCGCGGCAUAACACAAGUUGAGAUCUGCUGCUUCCCUCGUCACAUCUCAUUAUCACGUACCUUGGGGUGUUGCCCUUUUAAAGUAACAACCCCCCAUACCCGAAAGCUCAAGCCUCCCCACUUGCGGUUAUCCUCGCCUGCCCAUCAUCGUCCAGCGAGCUUGCUUGUCUGUCGUCGGAACAUGUCAGAAAAGCUUGCUUGAAGAAACGACCCUUACUAGCUUCCCGCCCCCCGGGGGCAGAGCACGGAACCGUCUCUACGGCUGCGGCUUCCGCACCCUCAUCUCACUACCCGCUGUCUUCGCCCGUCAUUCCCGUCAACUUACUGCAGUGAGAGGGAAGCAUAAGCAUGCCUAUGCUUACACGUAUCCGCACCUGCUGUCUGCUGCUAUCCGCCUCUCUACAGUUCAUCUUUCGGGACAGCUUGUACACUUACAGUCACCUGUAGGCUAUAGUGUAUACCCUCGAAACAGCUCCCGCCUAGUUCCGCCCUCCCCCGCCAUCCCCGCCGCUGCGACAUCUUUGGUCUUGGUGCGGCCGCUGCUGCUCCCAUCUCCAACUCCACAUCGUCUUGUCGUCGGAUAACGGGCAUCAUCCAGGGUCCAUGGACUGUCGGCUGAUGCAUCAACAUCCUCGACAAUGACCCGACCAAAGGUCCCAGAUGACAAGCGCCAACGGACUGCACAGGCCUGUGACACGUGUAAGCGACGAAAGCAAAAGUGCAACGGUGCUCGCCCUUGCGGCACUUGUACCAAGAGGAGUCUUCAGUGUACAUACACGACUAGCAAUGGCUCCGAGCAGACCGCCCCGGACCAAUUAGCUUCUCCUUCCAAGCGUCGCAAUAUUGAAGAACUACCGACGGUGAAGCCAACAGCCCCAGAUGGCUCACUCACAUCUGAGAGCCCCGCGGCGGCCACGACCCCAUGGGACUCGAGACCGAACCAACCAGUCAACGACGCGAAACAAGCCGCCGGGUCAGAUAUAAAGCCAUCUAUCGAACAGGACCAUGAAAUGCUGGGAGUAGACCGGGAGUUCGACAUCCGCUCCAGGCACAGCACCGCUUCGGGACCUGAUGAAGAGACCUCGCUCAUGCAAUCUACCAGAAUGUUGCAGGAUCCUACAGGCAGACUCCUCUACGUUGGCGACUCGGCCUCGUUGGCUUACCUACAGCUCAUACGAAUGAUUGUUGAGGCGAGCGUUGGGCCCAGCGACUUUACCCUGGACCCUAGCCGCCAUAAGAUCAUGGAGGCGACCAGUGCAAUCCCGGAUAACAUUCGGCCUCCACAUAUCCUGCCGGACAGGGAUACAGCCAACGCUCUGCUGGACUCCUUCUUUACGAACACUCACGGCCUGAUCGAGGUUUUUAACAGAGCAGCAUUUGAGAAGUCCGUGGAAGCCUGCUACACAGAUCCAUUGGCGGCGCAAUCUUCUUUCCUCUGCUUAUUGCAUUUGACCUUUGCUAUCGGCACCGUCUUGGGGACACCACUUCCCGGUAGCAAAGAAGACGUGAUUUUCAAAAAGCUCCGAGCAAGUCGAUAUGACCGCGCCGAGCUAUUCUUCAGGAGUGCCAAAGCUCUUGGCGACCCCAUUUCCGGAUUCGAAGAUGCGGACUUUUGGUCUGUGCAGGCACUGUCAUUGAUGGCUGUCUAUAUGCUAGCGAUAUCCAAACGUAACGCAGCAUACGCUUACUUUGGAAUGGCGGUCCGUUCUGGCUUUGCGCUUGGCUUACACAGGGUCCACGAGAACCACUUUAUUUUCAAUGGCGAGGAGAUUCGGCUCCGCCGUAACCUCUGGAGAAGUCUAUUCGUUCUCGAUCGGUUUCUCGCGGCAUCACUAGGCCGACCGGUCGCCAUUGACGAAGAAGAGUGCUCUGCAGAUGCGCUUUUGGUGUUUGAAAAAAACUCCCAAGGGGAAUUGAUCCGUGUUACGGAUCCCGAUGAUGGGCUCGACGCCGCCGUGCGAUCCUGUCGAAUUGUUGGGCAGAUUCUCAAGAAGAUCUACGCCCGCCGGCGAAUUUCGGUCCGCCUCGCUCAAGAGAUCUGGGAGCAGUGCAACACCUGGUACACUACUCUGAGCCCCGAAUUGGCGGGUGGACGGGUGGCCGCCGAUCCCAACAACCCCGCGCAGGGCAUCGCGGCUCUGCAUGUCAACCUCUUAUACUGCCACUCUAUUCUCUUACUGACUCGUCCAUUUUUCCUCUGUCUUUUGAGUAAAGUCCACGGCGAGCGAAGCGGCCUUGCUCUCCCGGUCCCCCGUUGGAUCAACCGCAUGUCGAGGUAUUGCGAGGCAUGCUUACACGCUUCUAACCAGACAAUCAUCUACGUGCAAAAGGCAUUUGAGAGCAACUACCUCCCUCAACGAAACCCCUUUGUUCUCUACUUCCUCUUCGCAGCGUCACUCGUUAUCUUGAGUAACGAAUUUGCAUCUAUAUACCCCAACCCGACUUACGCGGCCUCGAUAUCUAAUACAAUUGCUAUUAUGCGGUAUUGUGCUACCAGCGACCCGCAGGCUAGUCGACUCCUCUUCAUCCUCACAUCUUUCCGCAACGUCGUCUACGAAUUACAACAGAAGAAGACCGAGCAGCCAGCCAUGCCCGCGCCCCCGAUGCUUUCCCCCACAUCCCUCAACGACCCUAUAGGCACCAUCUUCAAGUCUUCGCGUAAGAAUUCGCUGGCCGCCACAGUAUCGGGCAUGACAGGAAAUAAAGCCAAGCCAAUGGCACCACCGCCGCUGUCAAUGAAGACGGACCAUAGCUUUCCUACGUCUACAGGCCCGUCAGCCGUCGCCUCGCCGGCCGGUAGUACCCCCAGCAUGUCACAGGGUGACCAAAGUGCGCGGAUGGGCGGUGACUCGGACACAGGUGAUGGAGAGCUCGAGUUCGAUCAGCUUUGGGGCUGGUCAGCUGUGCCCAACCCAGGAUCUAGAGGGCCUCUUGCAUCGGGGGCAGCGGUGCCAGCUGGCGCCGGAGUACCUCCCGUCGCGGUAGCCGCGGUUGCAGCUCCGAACGUAAACGCACCUGUGUUUUCUGCACAAGGCCCCGGCCAGCAGCAGUUUCAAGGCUUCGCGAACUACGUUGUGCCUGGCGGUCCUAAUGGUGCUGCGGUGCCAGCGGCCGGGCCUCCGGAGUACACGGCCCCCAGUGUACCAAUGUACGUUCCGGCAGAAUACUCCUAGUAUGGGUAGUUCUGGAAGCAUUUUUGGGGCACCUGGUCUGCAGUGGAUAUGACAGCCAGCAGCGUAUUUGUCGGGCCAAGCCUGAGGGCACAGAAAAGUGAUUUUGGAGGAAGCAAAGAUACCCAGAGGACGACGAGGAAGGCAAUCAUUUCUAUUCAACAACAAAACCUAGAUUAGGGGGAAACGAAGGGGUGCUAAACGUCAUGAGUUGACUUCUGAUUCGUUUCGGAGGAACCAUUACGACGGAUACUGUAUUUUACUACUACGAGGGCCGGGCUACCGGUCGCGAUGAUAGAAGUUGGAGACUCGGGGGGAAAAGGGACGAAUAAUGCCAAGCAACAAAGUUAAGGGGGAAAACCACUGAAGGAAAGGCUCUACGUCGGGCUAGAGAAUACCAAAAAGUUUCAUGUUAUUUGCUUUUAUUUCGGCAACCGACGAGAAGCAAGGCUGCGUGUCUGGCUAGAUCCUAGAUUACCUUUGUAGCUACGGACGAUUUUGGAUUGCUCUUAAUUGUCACUUCUGUCAAUUUUCUAGGGGUUUUGCUUUUGGCUCAACUGCGAGAUAGGCCCGCAGUCGACUUGAUGCUGCCCAGGAUCUCGCCGCAAGGGGGGUAGGGGGUGUUCUAUCAUUCAGGUAUAUUUUCUAUAGCCGGCGGGUUAUUGGCCCCCAGGAACCGGCUUGCUAUAGUCGUCGUCGUUGUCGCGGUCGUUGCCGUCCUCGUCCUCGUCGCUAUCAAGGGGUCAAGGACAGGGGAGAGAUAAGGUGGGACCGGGUCGAAGAGGAGGAGGAGGCGGUCGUCGGCAUUUUGCCUAGAGAUUCGACCAAGGUAAUCUCGUCGACGAGAAGGCUCGAGGGCGGAGAGUAUCGUGGGAGGAGUUUGGUUUCGUUUCGGUUCGAUUCGGUUCGAUGUCGUUGAGGAAAAGUACCUGGGGCGAGUUAGUUCGUCUAGUUGAGUCAGAAAGUCUUCACUGGUGGCCACUCCGUUGGAACGAAUGUGUACGGAGGUGCGUCUCGGGUCUGGGAUGAAGCUCGUCAGAUGAUUGAGAUAUAGAGAUCGAUCCCUUCGUCAGAGAACCACAGACCCGAUAUGCUCAAAUUCUGGAGGCAGACGUUAAGAGAUCACAGCUCAACGAGCGCGGAGUAGAAGCAAGAAGACGAACGAUAUGGUAGGCUAGAUGCGGCUACUCUCUUCUCGUUUUCGGGAACCCCAUCUAGUGGCUAGAUUUACUAUGGGAAACCCAACUCGGUACCUUGGUCCUUAGCUGGUGGUGCUUUCGACCGGCCGGCCGUCAAAACUCCGAGCCGGCCGGCCCGGACUCCCUACCCCCUUUUCGCACCAGCGGCUUGACGGCACCCGAAUAUCCUCAACCUGCGCCAUCUGCGAAUACUGUGGACUUGAGCCGCAACGUUGGGGACCGGCUUAGGAACAAAGUUUCCGGCACCAAUGAAGCGCGUGGCCGCCACAGCGCUCUGGCGGAGUCUAGACUCCCCGUUGGGACUUGAUGCGUGGCGUAGAUGGCGGUCCCUCGGGGGCCACGAAGAGGGCUAACGCAUAUCUAGCGCCAGGAGCAUCAGCCCUGUAGCGUUGAUUCAACUGCUCAGCUGGCCGACACUCUAUCAAGACACACCAAUGCGGUUGGAGAUGAGGCUGACAGCUGAAUUCCGUCCAUGGUGUCAUUUCCCCUGCGGACACCUGCGGUUGUUCACGAUUCUUAGUUUGUACGACGACGUUGAUAUUAUCAGGGACUUCAAUAUUCAAUUGGGAGCCCGAGGACCUCGCGGGAGAUCCGCCCCUUGAUUGUGCGGGA